AUGGCUAUCACCAUUGGACUGUUGCAUGUUCGCCCACUUGAAAACAAGAAUGUAUACUCCAUGUAUGUCCUUACUUGUUUUGCCAUUGAUGCGCAAAAUGAGAGAGAAAUCCAGAUUAAACUUAUUGGUAGACUGGCUGCAUCCGCAUCAGGUCAGCUUAUAACUAUUAUUCUCGAUCCCACCACCCACCGUCUCAUCCCCGGCUCCACGGACUGCUGCUCUUCCAACCCUCUCUUUCAUCACUUGCUCGCCGCGGUUGCUGGGAGGGCGUUGGUCCACUGGUCUCACGGGGCUUGUCAACAACAGGCUCGUGACCUAGAUUUAAUUCCUAUACCAACAACGCCAAUCCCAAUCCCAUUCUAUCCUUCUAUUAUUAUCACCUCCUGCCCUCCUGGUCGAACACCUCAUCCAUCCUCAUCAAUUUCCAUCCAUAAUAUCCUUCGCAACAGGAUUGCCAGCACCCGCAGCACCCGCGGAUCUGAGGCUGACCCAUCAAAUACCCUCCUGAAAGGCGCCGUGCUCCGUCCAGGAGCGAAGCCGCCAAGAUACCUUACCACCCAUCUCGCGCCUCGGUCCUGGGAGGGCGGGCUUUCGACUCCUCCAUCCACCAAUCCUCCCCCGGCUUCCGUGCCAAAGACGGCUAUACAAACGUCUUCCCUCAAGAGCCCAGAAUGUAUCGGCCAAACUCACGCUGGACGUGGUCAUACGUCUUUGCCCGUUUUCCAGAGCGAACUCAGAGGCAACUACGGCACUGCGGCCACAUCACGAACAAUUCCAACAUUCCUAACCCUUUACAUCUUCGGCUUCGUAUACGAACUCAUCCUAACCUACGAUGCCCUACGGUUGAAAAACACCAUUCAAGUCAUCGGGAUAUGUCUCUGCAAUGUCGGCCUGCUGAUAUACGGUGCUGUGCAAACGGACCAAAUCCGUGAAGCCAUCCUCGCACUAAACAGGGGACACAACAUCGACAAGAAAAUCUGGCCCGACGUGAAACCGUUUCUCGUUGCUAUACCCAUUAUCAUCGGCAUUGGGUCCGUGCUCAUGAUGUUCGUUGCUUGGAAAUUAUAUGAUGAAUUCGCCUGGACUAUAUAUAAACAUAUUAGCGCUGAUUUGCGGAUGAAGCGUCGGUAUCUAACAUACCAGAUCUAUAUCGCCCUCCUGAAAUUUGAUUUCUUCUUUUUCCUCGGCUUCACAGUUCAAUUCGUGGUCAUCGUCACCGACAAAAAGGCCACAGAAUAUAUCCUCACAAUCAUCGCCAUCCCCUUCACAAUCUUAAUCCUCCUAAGCGCAGCCUGGUCCACCCGCCGCGAAAAUACCCCCGGAAUGAUUAUCACCAUUCUCCUCUAUCACGGCGGCCUAGCCUACUUCCUCUUCAAGCUUGUGCGCAUGUACACCCCUCCACGUAUGGACGCCUACAAAGCCGCCCGCACAUCCCUCACCUUCUUCACCGUCAUCACCAUCGCUCUGAUCAUCAUGACCAUCAUCAACGCCUGUAUCUGCACGAACAACUUCAACAAGGGCUUGAAACCGCACAUUUCUAGCCGCAAGGUUAAUAACGAUGAUGAGAAGCCGAAUACGACGGAGUUGUCGACGAAUAUGAAGGUUGGUGAGCUGUUGCCAGUGAGGAUGACGAUUGAUUAG